UUUACAGGAAACACAUGAGAGCUCCAUGGCUGACACGGAAGGGGAAAACUUACAAAGCCAAAUUGAUGAAAUUGAAGCCCUCUCUUCUAUCUAUGGGGAUGACUGGUGUGUAAUAGAUGAAGCCGCAAGGAUAUUUUGUAUAAAAAUCUCCAACUCUCUGGAACAUCCUGAGUGGACACUUUGUUUGCAGGCGAUACUUCCUCCAGAAUACCCAUCUGCAGCUCCUCCUCUGUAUCAACUAAAUGCUCCAUGGCUUCGGGGUGAAGAUCGUUUGACACUAUCAAAUAGUCUAGAGGAAAUUUACGUGCAAAAUCUUGGUGAGAACAUCCUUUACCAAUGGGUGGAAAAGAUAAGAGAAUUUCUUGAAGAGAAAUCUAAAACAUCAGUUCCAGGCCCGAGUUCAAAAGCCACAACCGAAGAAACGGAGACUGCUGAUGAUAUUGCCUCUAGCUCUGAAUUACGUCUAGAUGACUUGUUAACGUGUUCCGUUAUUGAUGGAUCCUUUGACACUUUAGAAGGACUUGGUAAGGAAGUUCCAUCAAUUUUCCAUGGAGAACCGAUUAGUGAGCGGAGGAGUACAUUUCAGGCACACUUGGCUCCUGUGCACAGUCCAGGCCAAGUGAAAGAAGUGCUGAGCGUAUUGUAUGAGAAUAAGAAAAUCGCUAGUGCAACUCAUAACAUUUAUGCAUACAGGAUAUAUACUAAGAAGACAAAUACGUUUAUACAAGACUGUGAGGAUGACGGGGAAACAGCAGCCGGUAAAAGACUUCUUCAUCUUAUGCAGAUCCUGGAUGCCAGAGAUGUAAUGGUAGUUGUGUCACGAUGGUAUGGAGGUAUCCUUCUUGGACCAGAUCGCUUUAAACAUAUCAAUAACUGUGCACGAAACAUACUGGUGGAGCAUCACUACACAAACUCUGCUGAAGAUUCUGGAAGGCAUGCUGAAAAGAACAAACAUACUAAAGAAAAUAAGAAGUGAAUAGAACAUUAAUCUAUCCUAAGAAAUAAUUGCUCAAAUUUUCAACAUUUUGAUUCAAACUUGAUAAAGGUGUCUUCCUUUUCUUUGCUUAACCUAUGACAUUGAAAAUAGUCAUUAACACAAAACCUGUCAGGAGAGUUCUGCUGCCCCAUCUGAGAGCAGGCUAUGAUAGCUCUGAGACAUGUAGCUUUAUAUGACUGGAGUAGGAUUUCUUAGUAAAAAGAGGACUUCUAGGAUAGACAAGACUUAUAGGAGAGACAGCGAGAGUCCUGAUUACUCUGCCCACACAAGAUGACUGACAUGUACAAGUGUGUGAAGAGCAGGGUGUCAAUCACUGUGUGUGGGAGGGGUAAUCAGGACUCAUUGUCUCUUCAAGGAGUCCUGUCAGUUUUUACUCAGACAUCCUUCCACGGAUCAUAUAAACCUAUAUAUCACAACGCUCAGUCUCUAUCGUACCCAGAACUCAGGGCAGCAGAAAUCACUUUACAUGUCUGCUUUAAAGAAAAUUGAAGUUAAAGGAAAUGUUCAUCCAAAAUUAUAAAAGUUGGUUCUGGGUGUAGUUGGAUGACUGUUACUAUAUAAUUAUUUUUGCCCACUAUCUUGUAUUCUCCAUUUUGAGAUUUCCCUUGCCAAUUGACCUUAAACAUUACGAACCAGUUAGUUAAAGGAGUUGUCUGCUUUUUUAUAUUGAAAACCUAUCCACAGGGUAGAGUAUAACUAACUGAUC